AAUUCCUCCUCCCCAAUUUUCAAAAGAGAGAAACAAAUCCCUUUCGUCUUCCCUUGAAAAAAACCCAAAAAAAAAUCUAUCUCAUACAGCAAUCAUCUUCACUUCCCUGGGAAAAAUCCCCAGAAAUCUACCGCUUGUACUCUUUUGUGUCCAUCUGUCUUUAUCUUUUCUUUGAAAAACCAUGGAUGAUAGUUGUGCCGUUUGUGCAGAAUCCCUAGAAUGGGUAGCGUAUGGGCCAUGUGGUCAUCGUGAAGUAUGUUCAACUUGUGUUUCUCGUCUCAGAUUCAUCUGUGAAGAUAAGAGAUGUUGCAUCUGUAAAACUGAAUCUGAUGUCGUCUUUGUCACCAAGGCAUUGGGAGAUUAUACCAAGGUAUUAUCUGAUUUUAAGGUAUUUCCAUUGGAUUCGAGGGAAGGAAAGGUUGGGAAUUAUUGGUAUCAUGAAGAUUUGGGAGCUUAUUUUGAUGAUUCAGAUCAUUAUAAGAUGGUCAAAGCUAUGUGUAGACUUUCUUGUAGUGUUUGUGACAAUGUGGAGGAACAAAACAAUGGACCGCCCAAAAGGAAAGCGAGAUUCCGGAACAUUGAUCAGCUGAAAAGUCAUUUAUAUCACCAGCAUAAGUUAUUAAUGUGUAACUUGUGUUUAGAAGGAAGAAAGAUAUUUAUGUGUGAACAGAAGUUAUAUACCAGAGCGCAGUUGAAUCAGCAUAUAAACACUGGAGAUUCAGAGGUUGAUGGCAGUGAGAGCGAAAGAGGUGGUUUUAUGGGGCAUCCUGCAUGUGAGUUUUGCAAGAGACCAUUUUAUGGGGAUAAUGAGUUGUAUACACACAUGUCUCAAGAACACUUCACUUGUCACAUAUGUAAAAGGCAACAUCCAGCACAGUUUGAUUACUUUAAAGACUAUGAUGAUUUGGAGAUUCAUUUCCGUCAACAACAUUUUCUGUGUGAGGAUGAUGCUUGUCUUGCUAAAAAGUUCGUUGUAUUUCAAUCAGAAUCUGAAAUGAAGAGGCAUAAUGCGAUAGAUCACGGAGGGAACAUGUCUCGUGCCAAGCGUAAUGCUGUGUUACAGAUCCCAACUAGUUUUAGAUAUCGCCUCAGAAGUAAUGAACAAGAUUAUCGUCGGGGAAGAGGUCGAGGGUGGGAUUCUCACUCUGAUUCUCCGGCAGAUCAACUUGCAAUGGCUAUUCAAGCCAGUUUAGAGUCAGCAAAUUCAGAUAGUAGCACAGCGAGGGACAUACCAUCCAGUACACAAGUAGCUCGUGAUCCUGGAGGAACAAGUGAGAUUGAUGGCAUUAUUCCUCCCAUGGAAUCAUUAUCUACUUCAGAUUCUGAGCUCUCGUCGAGAUACUACCAGGCAGUUAGUCAAACAACUAGGAAUGGGUCUUUGGCGGAAUCAGCCUUCCCUCCACUCGCUGGGGGUUCCAGCACCUCGCAGCAGAAUUCUUCUGAACAAGGAGGCACGAAUACCAUGGCUUCACGACUCCGUUCCUCUGGCGUUAUUGUUAUAAACCAGGGUCAUCCUCGGCCCUUAACAAAAGGCCGUGGGGAUACUAUAUGGACCUUUCCCUCAUUGCCAUCAUCUAGUUCUGCCAGUUCGUCGCGGCCUAUCGGAGCUACUUCUAAUGUGCCCUUCAAUUCUGCUAGUUCUUCCGUUCCUAAAGCAGCUACCUCUAAUGUGCCUUCUCCAAGUUAUGUAAAAUCUACUCAAGCUAGGCCUGACACAAUUCCUGGACUUGCAUCAGGUAGUUCUGGAAGUUCCCGGAAUACAAACAAUAACAAGUCUACUCAAGUAAGGCCUGACACAAUUUCUGGACUUGCAUUAUCAGCUAGUUCUGGAAUUUCCUGGAAUACAAGUAAUAACAAGUCUACUCAAGCUAGGCCCGACACAGUCCCUGGACUUGCAUCAUCAGCUAGUUCUGGAAGUCCCUGGAAUACAAGUAAUAACAAGUUUACUCAAGCUAGGCCUGACACAAUUCCUGGACUUGCAUCAGCUAGUUCUGGAAGUCUCUGGAAUACAAGUAAUAACAAGUCUAGGGUUACUCACUCCACUUCUGCUCCUAAUUUAGUGGAGAGAGGUGGAUCUUCAGAUUCACCUUUGUCUGACUACCCUCCUGUUUUGGCAACAAGGAAGAACAAUGGUGUAUCCAUAAGUAAACAUGUGCCGAAGUUAGAAGAUGAUUUUCCUCCAGUUUCUGCAACGGUGAGGAGCAAGGUUACCAUCAGUAAAGAACCUUUGGAGAAGGUAGAAGACUUGCAGAUGGCAAACAAGACACUCGUAGAAAGAAUACGUUCUGCUCUAGACAAUGAUGAAGAAAGAUAUUCUGCUUUUAAGGAAAUGUCGGGGGAGUUCAGGCAGGGUGUAAUUGGUACACGUGAAUAUCUAUCCUAUGUUCAGCAGUUUGGCCUAACACAUCUUGUUCUUGAGCUAGCAAGAUUAUGUCCUGAUACUCAGAAGCAGAGGGAGCUCAUUGAAAACUACAAUGCCAUUGUGCUUCAGUCAAGAGCAAGUAGUAAUAAUAGUUCCAACAAGGGUAAAGGGAAGAAGAAACUCGCAGAAGAACCAGAUAAUUCAUUAGCAAAUAAUGUCAUCAGUAGUGUAAGAAAACUGCAUGCGAAUUAUAAACCAUCAGAAGAAGAUGUGGAAGUAUUAUCUAAGGAUGGCUACCGUUCUUCCAAAGGGAAAUCCGUUGCUGAAGAGAUACUAGGAUCGAGUAGUGCCAACCCAAAACCACAUGAUUAUUCUGGGGGAAGCGUCUCCAAAAAUUCAGCUGCUGGGAAGGGAGGUUCAAGUAAGGAGAAAAAGAAGAAGAUACCAAAGUUCCAGAGAGUGCGACUGGGUGAAGCAGCAUCUUUAGACCUCAAUCCUGAACCUGAAGAAGAUACACCAGACUCGUUGGAUGGGGUUGCAGUACGUGGGGCCUGGCGGAACGGUGGAGGUCAGAAACUUGUGGCGUUGACACAAAGAGGUAAACAAAAGUAAGCUAAUUUUUUUGGCUAAAAGAUAUACUUUUUGUGAUUGCAGUCUUGCAGCCUCAAGUUGAUCUUUUUUUUUGUCACGAUGGGGCUGUAGAGUUACUGUACCUGAAACACAAUUAAAAAGGACUGGUUGUCUGCCAACGUACAGCUAGUAGUUAGGAUGGGUUUGUUAUAAAUCAAAGGUGUUUUUUGGCUCUGUAGUGCUACUGAGAGAUGAUUAUCUAAGGGAAAAAUGUUAUGAAAUUAGUGGGUUUUUUGGUUUUUUCAUAUUUCUCUUUUAUGUUGUUUAUAUUUUGGGUUUAAUUUUGUUAUAUACAAACAGUGCGGAAAGAGCUUGAUUAAAAAUGGGAAACCCAGAUUUUUAGGU